UGAUCAGUUUCUCGCUCACAGUCUCGUUCUGUAACAGAAGCCCCCCCACAUUCUGUGUCGGUUAAUUUCAUUCCCGGGAUCUUUAUUUAUAUUCUCUCCAUAACUUUUAUUUCGAAUCGGAACUGGGAGCGGAACCCGGAUUCGGUCCGGUGCAAGGGGGGAAUGAACUGGGACACGGGUACAUUGUUAUAAAUAAUUGUAUUUAUAUUCAAUGCUAUUGAGAGCUUGGUAGUGACUGACUCGCUGUGAAAGAGAGAGGGAUAUCAUGGCCGCUCAGGUCGCUAGCGCCGCCACUCUCAACACUAGCCCGCCUUCCGAACUAAAAAAGCCAGAUCGGGACCCCCAGGAGGAGUCGGUACCGGGGGAGAAGCAGCAUGAAAAUAAGGAACCGGGACCGGAGAGCGGAUCUCCGGGUCAGAAGGAGCUGCAGGACGGGGCCGAUGUUGGAAAUGCAGGGGGAGGAGGCGAUCCUGAGUUGAAGAACGGGAACGGUAAUUCGUCCAGACUGAAUAACAAUAAUAAUCAGAAUGAUUCAGGGGGGCCCGAAGGCAAUAACCAUCCCGGGAUGGCACACCACCACCCCGGCGGUUUUCCACCACCUCCAUACGGAUACAAUCCGCACUACAACCGGGCCCCUUUUCAUCAACAUGGCGGACAACAAAGCCCUGGCAUGGCAGCUGCGGCGGGGCCGGCAGUGCAGCCGGGUAGCAUGAUGGACUCGUACCAGCCCAAUUCCCACGACCACGGCUUCCCCAAUCACCAAUUUAACAACUACAACCCUUUCCCGAACCGGACUCCCUACCCAGGCCAAGGGUACGCCAUGAAUUCCCCGCGAAAUAACCAGCCUCCGGCGGCUGGGGGGCAGCUAGGCAAGCAACAGCCAGCGGGAGGGACUACAGCUAUGGCCGCCACUUACAAUAAUCAGAGGUAUAAUAUGGGAAACCCUCAACCUACUUCCACCCCGACCCUAAAUCAGCUCCUGACCUCUCCCAGCUCUACGAGGGGUUAUCAAAACUACCCAACAAACGAGUACAACAACCAAGAAGGGGCUAACAAGGGACCAGCAGACAUGGGCAGCAGCAGCCAGUACGGUGGGGGCCACCCGGGUUGGCAACAAAGGACCCAUCACCCGCCUCCAAUGAGCCCAGGAAAUAGCGGACAACCGCUGAGUCGAAAUCAGCCCUCCAGUCCCAUGGAGCAGAUGGGGAAGAUGCGGGUCCCUCCGUACGGAGCGGCUAACCCGUACUCCCAGCAGCAGCAGGGGCCUCCCCCAGGGGGCCAGCCAGGGGCGUCGUACCCGGGCCAGGGCUACGGCCCGCCCACCCCACAGAGAUACCCAAUGGGCAUGCAGGGCCGCACGGCGGGGAGCAUGGGCGGCAUGCCCUACAGUCAGCAGAUGAAUGCAUACGGGCAGCAGAGCCAGGCCUCCUACUACAGCCAGCAGGCCCAGCCGCCCCACGCCGGCCCCCAGCAGUCCCCCUACCCGCAGCCAGCGCAGAGCCAGCCCGGGGGCCAGGGGCCCUACCCUCAGCACGGCCAGCCCGGGGCCCCCUACCCGCAGUCGCAGGGCGCGCAGGGGCCCCCCCAGGGCCAGCCGCCGUACUCGCAGACCCAGCCUCCAUACGGGCAGCAACAGGUCCAGCCUGCGCAGCCGCAACAGCAGCAGGGCUCCCAGGCCCAGUCGGGCCCCCAGACCCAGCCCGGCUACCCCCCCACACCUCAGGGCCCCCCUCAGCAGCAGCAGCAGCAGCAGCAGCAGCAGCAACAACAACAACAACAACAACAACAACAACAACCACCGCAGCAGCAGCAGCAGCAGCAGCAGCAGCAGCAGCAAGCUCAGCAGCCCCCGGCCUCCCAGCAGCAGCAGCCCCCUCAGGCUCCGCCACAAGCGGCAGCGGCCCAAUCGCAGGCCCCGCAGCCCCAGGGCCACGCCCCGCCGGCGCAGAGCCAGCCCGCCCCCUACUCGCAGACUCCGCCCCUGCCGCAGCAGCAGUCGUCUCCGUUCCAACGCUUCCCCCCUCCUCCUCAGGAGCUGUCCCAGGACUCGUUCAGCUCACAGUCCAGUGCUCCUGCUUCCACCCAGCCCAUGACUUCCAGCAAGAGCGGCCCAGAGGACGGGCUGCAGGGCCGGCCUUCCAGCCUCCCAGACCUGUCGGGCUCCAUCGACGACCUCCCCACGGGCACAGAGGGAGCCCUGAGCCCAGGCGUCAGCACCUCGGGCGUGUCCAGCAGCCAGGGCGAGCAGAGCAACCCGGCCCAGUCGCCCUUCUCUCCCCACACCUCGCCCCACCUGCCGGGCAUCCGCGGGCCCUCGCCCUCCCCCGUGGGCUCCCCCGCCAGCGUCACGCAGUCACGCUCCGGCCCACUGUCCCCCAACGCCGUGCCCGGAAACCAGAUGCCCCCCAGGCCCCCGAGCGUGCAGUCGGACGGAGUCCUGCACUCGUCCAUGAGCCAGUCGGCCAUGGGCCAGGAGCGAGUGUUCAUGCGUAACCCUCAGAUGACCCCAUACGGCUCCCCCCAGCCUGGCUCCGCCUUAUCUCCUCGCCAGUCCUCAGGAGGCCAGAUGCAUGCUGGGAUGGGGCCUUAUCAGCAGAACAACUCCAUGGGCAACUACGGGCCCCAGGGGGGGCAGUACGGGCCCCAAGGGUACCCUCGGCAGCCCAGCUACAGCAGCAUGCCCAACGCCAGCUACCCCGGUCCGGGCAUGGCCGGCACCAUGAACCCCAUGUCCGGGCAGGGAGGGGGGCCGCCGUACUCCGGGAUGCCCCCCGGCAGGAUGGUCCCCGGCCAGAUGGGCGCGCGGCCCUACGGACCCAACAUGGGCCCCAACAUGGGCCCGAACAUGCCCCCCAACAUGGGCAACAUGCCCCCUCAGGUGGGCUCAGGGAUGUGCCCUCCCCCGGGCAGCAUGAGCAGGAAGGCCCAGGAGGCCGCUGCAGCCGCCAUGCAGCACGCCUCCUCCAACUCCAUGCACAGCAGGCCACCUGGUUACCCGAUGUCGCAGGGCAUGAUGGGAGCUGGUGCCCCCUAUGCGCCGACCAUGAAUAGCAUGCCAGGCAUGAUGAACCCGCAGGGAGGCCCUUACCCCAUGGCCAACAACACUGCAGGCAUGUGCCCAGGUCCAGAGUUUGGUCUGGAUGUGAAAUUGAACCAGGCCCCGAAGAUGAACAACAAAACUGAUGGGACCCCCAAGCCUGAAUCCAAAAAGAAGUCCAACUCCUCCACCACCACCAACGAGAAGAUCACGCGUCUGUACGAGCUGGGCCCGGAGCCCGAGAGGAAGAUAUGGGUGGACCGCUACCUGGCCUUCGCCGAGGAGAAAGCCAUGGGCAUGACCAACCUGCCAGCCGUGGGCCGCAAGCCGCUCGACCUCUUCCGCCUCUACGUAUCCGUCAAGGAGAUCGGCGGCCUCACACAGGUCAACAAGAACAAGAAGUGGCGGGAGCUGGCGACCAACCUGAACGUGGGCACGUCCAGCAGCGCGGCCAGCUCGCUGAAGAAGCAGUACAUCCAGUGUCUGUACGCCUUCGAGUGCAAGAUCGAGCGCGGCGAGGACCCCCCGCCCGACAUCUUCACCACCGACGCCAAAAAGAACCAGCCCAAGAUCCAGCCCCCGUCCCCGGCGGGAUCUGGUUCUCUGCAAGGGCCUCAGACCCCCCAGUCUACCACCAGCUCCAUGGCUGAGGGGGGAGACCUGAAGCCUCCCACCCCUGCUUCUACCCCACACAGCCAGAUGCCCCCCAUGCCUGGGGUCAGGAACAGCGUGGUGAGUCUGCAGGACCCCUUCGCCGACGGCAGUGACCCCGCCUUCCCCAGGAGGAACGCCAUGACCCCCAACUCGGCCUACCAGCCCGGGAUGGGCACCCCCGACACCAUGGGACGCAUGGGCCCCUACGAGCCCAACAAGGACCCGUUCAGCGCCAUGCGGAAAGCAGGGGAGCAGUUCAUGCCCCCCGGGCAGGGCGCCACCAGCGGGAUGGGGGACCAGUACAGCCGCGGCCCGCCGGGUGCCAUCGGCAACAUGCCGCUCGGACAGCGGCCGCAGUACCCCUACGGACCAAGCUACCGGCAGGAGCCCGGGAUGGGCCCGGAUGGUGCCAUGGGUCCAGGGGCGCCGCAGCCCAACAUGAUGCCCUCCAGCGCUGACACGGGGAUGUACUCGCCAAACCGCUGCCCCCCGCAGCCACAGAGGCAUGAUUCCUAUGGUAAUCAGUACCCUGGCCAAGGAGCUCCCCCUGGUGGCCCAUACCCCAAUCAGCAGUCUGGAAUGUACCCACAACAACAGUCUAACUACAAACGACCAGUGGAUGGAGGCUAUGGUCCCCCGGCGAAGCGACAUGAAGGGGAGAUGUACAAUGUGCCCUUCAGUGGGCAGCAGCAGGCCCCCCCGCCCAGCGCCCCCCAGGCCCAGCAGGAAAUGUACAACCAGUACGGCCCCUACCCCAGCUCGGAUCGCCGGCCCGCGGGCCCCCAGGGCCAGUUCCCCUUCCCCUUCGGACGGGACCGGCCACAGAGCUCCGGGGGCCACAACGCCCAGCCCUCCAUGCCCCCCCAGAUGAUGGGCAGCCCCAUGCAGUCGGCCCCCGAGGGGCCCCAGGGCGGCAUGUGGCAGGGCCGCAAUGAGAUGGGCUACCCUGGCUACCCCAACAGGCAGGGCCCUGGCGUGCCCGCCCAGGGCCCCGCGUACCAUGCCAUGAGCCGCUCCGAAGAGAUGAUGCCCUCCGACCAGCGCAUGAACCACGAGGGCCAGUGGCCCGGUCACCUCAACCAGCGGCAACCGCCGUACGGGCCAGCGGGCCCGGCUCCACCCAUGACCCGCCCCCUCCAGCCCAGCUACCAGUCCCCUCAGUCCAUGCAGAACCACAUUCCGCAGGUGUCCAGCCCGGCCCCCAUGCCCCGCCCCAUGGAGAGCCGCACAUCCCCCAGCAAGUCGCCCUACAUGCACUCGGGCAUCAAGAUGCAGAAGGCGGGGCCCCCCGUGCCGGCCUCGCACAUCGCCCAGGCGCCCGUGCAGCCGCCGCUGAUCCGCCGCGACGUGGCCUUCCCGCCGGGCUCUGUGGAGGCCUCCCAGCCCAUCCUGAAGCCACGCCGACGCCUCACCAUGAAGGACAUCGGGGCCCCCGAGGCCUGGAGGGUGAUGAUGUCUUUAAAAUCAGGUCUCCUGGCCGAGAGCACCUGGGCUCUGGACACCAUCAACAUUCUGCUUUACGACGACAACAGCAUUUCCACCUUCAGCCUAUGCCAGCUGCCUGGCUUCCUGGAACUGGUGGUUGAGUACUUCCGCCGCUGCCUCAUUGAGAUCUUUGGCAUCCUGAAAGAGUACGAGGUCGGCGACCCCGGCCAGAGGACCCUGCUGGACCCCGAUGCCCUGGACCGGGACCGGUCAGACGAGGAGGAGCAGGAGGAACUGGAGGACAUGGACGACGAUGAUGAUGAUGAUGAGGAGGAGGAGGAGGAGGAGGAGGAAGAGGACGAGGAUCAGAGCGAGGGCCCCGAGCAACAGCAGAAGAUGCCAGUGACCACACCUCAGGUGACGGUGAAGAAGGAGGAAGGGGAGGAGACUGAGGGCGAGAGCAGCGGGGAGAAAGCAGGACCGGAGGAAGAGAAGGAGGCAGGGGCAGAGCCCAGCUUGGCAGGCCCAUCCCAAGACCCAGGAACCCCCCAGGAGAAGCCCAAGCAGGCCAGCAAGUUUGACAAGCUCCCCAUUAAGGUGGUGCGGAAGAAGGACCCCUUUGUCGUGGGCUGCUCCAGCAAGCUGGGCCGGCCACAAGAGUUCGACAGCGGCCUGAUCCACUGGAGCAUCGGCGGGGGGGACACCACGGAGCACAUCCAGACCCACUUUGAGAGCAAGAUGGACCUGCUGCAGGCCCGGAAACGGGUGCCCGCCACCCCGCCCUCCAGGAAGAAGGCCCCCGCCUCCGAAGUGGAGACGGAAGAGUCUGAGAAGGCCGGGGCCAAGUCCGAGGAGGAGGCUCCCCAGGCCCCCGACCCUCCCCCAGAGAGGAGCGCAUCGGCUGCCAGUAUCACGGCCACAGUGGACGACGUCCUGUCGGCCCGCCCCGGCUCGGUCACCGAAGAGGCAGUGAGAGGCCCGUCGGGCGAUGGCUUCCAGGAGAACGGCAAGUUCCUGUUCAGCAUCAACCCGGCGGCACAAAACCGGCGCAACAUCAAGAUCCUGGAGGACGAGCCGCACAGUAAGGAUGAGGCCCCGCUGAGCACGCUGUCCGACUGGCAGGACUCGCUGGCCAAGCGCUGCGUCUGCGUCUCCAACAUUGUGCGCAGCCUGUCCUUCGUCCCCGGCAACGACCCCGAGAUGUCCAAGCACCCGGGCCUGCUGCUGCUCCUGGGACGCCUCAUCCUGCUGCACCACCGGCACCCUGAGCGCAAGCAGGCGCCCCUGACCUACGAGAAGGAGGAGGAGGAGGACCGGGGCGUGGCCGGCCACAAGGACGAAUGGUGGUGGGAUUGCCUGGAGCUGCUGCGUGAGAACAGCCUGGUCACCCUGGCCAACAUCUCGGGCCAGCUGGACUUGUCCAUCUACCCCGAGAGCAUCUGUCUCCCCCUGCUGGAUGGGCUGCUGCACUGGGCCGUCUGCCCCUCUGCCGAAGCCCUGGACCCCUUCCCCACCCUGGGGGCCAACGGCUCGCUCUCCCCCCAGAGACUGGUCCUGGAGACCCUGAGCAAACUGAGCAUCCAGGACAACAACGUGGACCUCAUCCUGGCCACACCGCCCUUCAGCCGGCUGGAGAAGCUGUACGGCACGCUGGUGCGCCUGGUGGGCGAGCGGAAGGUUCCGGUGUGCCGCGAGAUGGCCGUGGUGCUGCUGGCCAACCUGGCCCAGGGCGACAGCCUGGCGGCCCGUGCCAUCGCCGUGCAGAAGGGCAGCGUGGGAAACCUGCUGGGCUUCCUGGAGGACAGCCUGGCGGCCACGCAGUUCCAGCAGAGCCAGAGCUCCCUGCUGCAGCUGCAGGGGGCGCACUUCGAGCCCACCAGUGUGGACAUGAUGCGGCGGGCGGCCCGCGCCCUGCACGCCAUGGCCAAGGUGGAGGAGAACCACUCGGAGUUCACGCUGUACGAGUCGCGGCUACUGGACAUUUCCGUGUCGCCCCUCAUGAACUCGCUGGUGUCCCACGUGAUCUGUGACGUACUGUAUCUGAUUGGCCAGUCAUGACAGCCGUGGGGUGCGCCCGGGCCGCUUUCUGCUCCCGCCCCCGACCCCGCCCUCCCUGCCCCGACCCCGCCCCCUCCGUUUUCUUUGCGCGUCUGUCGUAGCGCGCGAGUGGAGAAAAGCUAAGAGCAAAACCGACUGUUUUUUGUCCUUUUUUUAUUUAUGCAAAAAACACCUCUGAUUCCACUGUCUGACCCUUUCGCCCUGCUUCUCACUAAAGGAAGGAUCUCAUGAAGGAGCGGCGGAUAUAAGAAAAGCGGGGGGGAGAACAAACGGAGAAAAAAACAGACGCCGAGAAAACGAAACGGAAAAAGAAAAAUGGUGAAAACUAACGCAGAUAAAGACGAACGGAUCGGGGGCGUCGGCCUUGGGGAGUGUGCUGCCUAACGGGAAGGACUUUUUUAAUAAAAAAAAAAAAAUUAAUAAAAAAAAAAAAUAGAAAAACAAAAACUGUAACCAAAGUUGCUGUCUCGUUUACAGUGAGUUUGGGGGAUACGUGCGCCCUCUCUCCCUGGGGGAGGGGCUGCGCGGAGAAUACAAUUUUAUGGUUCAUAUUUGGAGGCUAACCAGACUUCUGGACUCUUGUGUGGUAUAAUUGCUGUAACUUGGACGCUCUAUAUUCUGCCCUACAAGAACCAGGUUAUCGGCUGUGAACAGAUGUCUUUAAAUGGGAGGCCCGUGCAGUAGAUUGUAGGACUUUUUUCUGUACUGUACACCUUAAACAAAACUGUAACCAUACUGUAAUAAUACUGUUUCACACUGAGAAACGCUGGCUCCGCAGCAGAAUUGUAGUUUUUAAAAAUGUUUUUAGUUAAUGUUGAAGAGAGAAAAAAAGGCUUUCCCCCCAAAGUAUUGUGGACCUACAACACCCUGACCUCUUCUCUUUAACCCUCGAUUGUAUGAAUUGACCCUUAAAGACAUCACCUCUUAGGACUGGUUCUCAACUUUAGAUGCAGUCUAGGCUGCAGUGUAUAUAUGACAUUGUACAUUACACUCUCUUUCGCUCUCGCUCCUUCUCAAACUUCUGAAGCUCCUCACCCUUUUUAUCUUUAAUCAUUCAAAGGUUACUACACGAGUUCACUUCCAUGCAUCAAGCCUUGCCCUGCAUCGAGCCCCGCCCUACGAUAAUUUAACCCCUCCUCCUCCUCCUCCCUGCGCCAGCCCUGACCCUCGUCCCGCCAUCCUGCCGGUGAGAUGCGCAGCUGGAGCUGUGUGUGUAGUUAGCUGCUGUCCCCCCCUCCACUCAGGCAGAUCACCUUUUGGUUCCCUUCAGAUAAAGGUGUGGAGAACAAGACAAAAGAAACCUCUUCCAAGUUCAAUUUUAGCUCCUUAUACAGCAAAACAAAACCCAGAUGAAGAAACACAAAUUGAGAUUUUUUUUUUUUUUUCCAGUGAUAUGGAUUCUGCAUAUUUGUAUUUCAGACGAUGUAGCUAAAAAAACUUGAUGUAAAUUCCUCUUUUUUUCCUUUUUUGGCUUAAUGAAUAUCAUUUAUUCAGUAUGAAAUCUUUAUACUAUAUGUUCCACGUGUUAAGAAUAAAUGUACAUUAAAUCUUCGUAA